AUGUUUAACUUAAAAUUAGAGUCAUAGAAAUUCAAUAUUAAAAAUAAAAAAAAGAAAAUGCAGAGCACUUUUUAAGAUAAGUAAGCUCUAGCUGACAUCUUUGAUUAAAUAAAAGAUGUAGAUAAGCAGAUGCUCGGUGUCAUAUUAGAAAUAUUAAGAAAGGAAAAAGUGUAAGGCUGCAUUGGAUAUCUUUUGGAUAAUGGAAAUCAAACAUAGUUGAGAUAAUAAAUCUUUCAAUAAGGAAAGAAUUUAAUAAAAGUUGAUAAUGGAUAGCAAUUAUAUGAUGUUAGAAAUAACAUCUUAAAAAUUACUAAAGUCUUAAAACAAAUAAAAGAUCAUUGUUUCAAUAAGUUAGAUUAUUCUAAUGAAGAAUAGGAAGAAUCUAUAAAGGCUCUAAUUAAAAAAAUAAAAUAUGAUAAAUAGAUCAUAGAAUUUUUGUUAUUUUUAGUUCACCUCACAUCUAAAGAUGACACUUUUAUAUAAAGUGGAUCUAAUUCAUUACAUAUCUUAGUCUAGAUGAAAUUUGACCUUAGAAACAAAAAUUUUGAAAAAAUUAAGAUCUAAAAUAUUUCUUUAGUUGGAGCAAAUUUUGUUCGGUGUAAUUUUAGUGAAUCUUAAUUUAAUAAUGUUAAUAUAAGUGGAAUAAAUUUGAAUGGAGCGCUAUUAUUAAAUUGUAAAUGGACAAAUUUAAAAAUCCUUGAAUUAAAUAAAUUUAAUGGCCAUACCAAUUUAGUAAACACAGUUUGUUUCUCUGCCGAAGGAAAAACAAUAGCAUCUGGUAGUGUUGAUAAGUCUAUCCGUCUUUGGGAUGUCAAAACAGGAUAAUAAAAAGCCAAAUUAGAUGUUCAUACUAGUGAUGUCAACUCAGUCUGUUUCUCUCCUGAUGGAAACACAUUAGCUUCUGGUAGUGGUAAUGGGUCUGUCUUAUUAUGGGAUAUUAAAACAAGAAAGAAAAAAGCCAAAUUAUUUGGUCAUAAUUAUAAGGUCAACUAACUCUGUUUCUCUCCUGAUGGAACUACAUUAGCAUCUGGUAGUGAUGAUAACUCUAUCCGUUUAUGGUAAGUUAAAACAGGAUAAUAAAAAGCCUAAUUUAAUGGCCAUACCAGAUAAGUAAACUCAGUCUGUUUCUCUCUUGAUGGAAACACAUUAGCUUCUGGUAGUGGUGAUAAGUCUAUCCGUAUAUGGAAUGUCAAAACAGGAUAAUAAAAAGCCAAAUUAGAUGGUCAUAGUAGUUAUGUUAUGUCAGUUUGUUUCUCUCCUGAUGGAAACACAUUAGCUUCUGGUAGUAGAGAUAACUCCAUUCAUAUAUGGGAUGUCAAAACAGGAUAAUAAAAUGCAAAAUUAGAUGGUCAUAGGAAUUAUGUUAUAUCAGUCUGUUUCUCUCCUGAUGGAAACACAUUAGCAUCUGGUAGUGAUGAUAACUCUAUCCGUAUAUGGGAUGUCAAAACAGGAUAAUAAAAAGCCAAAUUAGAUGGUCAUCGUAGUUAUGUUAUGUAAGUUUGUUUCUCUCCUGAUGGAAACAUAUUAGCUUCUGGUAGUGGUGAUAACUCUAUCCGUCUAUGGAAUGUCAAAACAGGAUAAUAAAAAGCCAAAUUAGAUGGUCAUGAGCAUUCUGUAAUGUCAGUCUGUUUCUCUUCUGAUGGAAACAAAUUAGCAUCUGGUAGUUAUGACAACUCUAUCAGUAUAUGGGAUGUCAAAACAGGAUAAUAAAAAGCCAAAUUAGAUGGUCAUAGUAAUUAUGUUAGAUCAGUCUGUUUCUCUCCUGAUGGAAACACAUUAGCAUCAGGUAGUUAUGAUAACUCUAUCCGUUUAUGGAAUGUCAAAACAGGAUAAUAAAAAGCCAAAUUAGAUGGUCAUAGUAGUUAUGUUAUGUCAGUUUAUUUCUCUCCUGAUGGAAACACAUUAGCUUCUGGUAGUGGUGAUAAGUCUAUCCGUAUAUGGGAUGUCGAAACAGGAUAAUAAAAAGCCAAAUUAGAUGGUCAUAGUAGUUAUGUUAUGUCAGUUUUUUUCUCUCCUGAUGGAAACACAUUAGCAUCUGGUAGUUUGGAUUACUCUAUCUUUUUAUGGGAUGUCAAAACAGGAUAAUAAAAAGCCAAAUUAGAGGGUCAUACUAGUUGGGUCUUAUCAGUUUGUUUCUCUCCUGAUGGAAACAAAUUAGCUUCUGGUAGUGGUGAUAAGUCUAUCCGUCUAUGGAAUGUCCAAACAGGAUAAUAAAAAGCCAAAUUAGAGGGUCAUACUAGUUGGGUCUAAUCAGUUUGUUUCUCUCCUGAUGGAAAAAAAUUAGCUUCUGGUAGUGAUGAUAAGUCUAUCCUUCUAUGGAAUGUCCAAACAGGAUAAUAAUAAAAAGCCAAAUUAGAUGGCCAUACUACAACUGUCUA